UUCCUCUCUCGCAUUGAACAGACGCAAAUGAGGGAAACGAGGAUACAAUCAAGAGACGUGGGACGCACCCACUGUGGAGGAACCGUGUUUUGUUUUCUUAAGCGGAACAAAGAUUGCGUGCGUCUUGUUUCAGGAGGGCGAGUGUUCUUCUGUCCGGCGUUAUAUAUCAUCCGUGUGGAAAACAACCUCAGCUGAGCAGUCUGGGGGAUUUAACUCGUGUACGAUCUGUCACCUGUAGUAUACCAACGUAUCGAGGCGUUAAUCUCUCCUGACACCGACCCCCGGGUCGUCAUAAGUAUCACCGGCAGCUGCGCGGUCACCGCGGCGCAGCUGGCAGUCUGACCAUGUCGGGAGCUUUCACGCCUCGAAGUCGUUAUAUUCAAGUGUUUAUCAAAAAGUUUGGACAGACAAACGGACCUCGAUGUUUCUCAACCAGCUGCCAGCCUGAGCACAUCCGCACAUUUAUUUCAGAGAACACGGAAGUAGUUGGAAAGCAAAGUUUGACCCCAGAGAUCAAACUGAGGCUGUUCACCCCGACCUGCAGAUUCUGGAGAGAGAAACCCGAGCUGUGGCCGUUUGAAGACCCUUACUGGGCCAUAUACUGGCCAGGAGGACAAGCACUCUCACGAUAUCUCCUGGAUAACCCUGCAGUGUGUCGGGGUAAGAAGGUUCUGGAUCUGGGGAGCGGCUGUGGAGCCUCAGCCAUCGCUGCAACGCUAUGUGGUGCUGCUCAUGUAGUUGCCAACGACAUUGACACUGUUGCAGCUGUUGCGACUCACAUGAACUGUGAGCUUAACGGCCUGGAUCCUCCUGUUUGUCUGACCCACAACAUGAUUGGCUCGCCACCCAAAGGCUUUGACCUGAUCCUACUGGGGGACAUGUUCUACGACGAGGCCCUCGCCACCAGCCUUCACAGCUGGCUGGAUCACUGCAUCCACACCCACGGCACCAAAGUCCUGAUCGGAGACCCUGGAAGAGCCCAGUUUGAAGAACACUGCAUCCGAAGACUCUUGCUUCAGCUGGCUCAGUUUGAGCUGCCCGAGUGUGUCCGAGAGGAGAACUAUGGUCUGACCUGCAGCAGUGUUUGGCGCUAUCGCCCUGAACUCUGAGGACCUGAGAGGAUCCUGGAGGAAGAACAAUGGUCAUGCCGCACCACCCAAACAAAUUUGUAACAAAAUGGUCCAUGCUGAGUUUUUAUUGAAAUAAUAACUUUUUGAUAAAAGUAUUUUUAGAGAACUUUAUAUAUAUAUAUGUAUGUAUAUACAUGUGUGUGUAUAUAUGAUGAGGCAGUACAAUUGAAGUAUAAAUGUAUUUUUAAAGAACUGUUAAUAUUCAGAAAUUAGCUUUUUGAAGUAAAGAUUUAGGAUCAGUUUAUCUUGACCAAUGUAGGACUUUAAAUAUGCAAUAUCUCCUCAUUGGUAUCGUACAAUUUUUUUUCUGUUUAUACAGAAUUGUCUUCAACAUAUAUGCAUCAGUCAUGAUUUGGAAUUAUUUGAGAAAAGUAUGUCUACAGCGCUUCAAAUAUGCCAAAUAUGCUUUCUACAGUGAAAUGUUUGAUUGUCAGAGACAUUCUAAACACUUGUGAAUUUGUCAUUGCUUAGAACAUUAUCUUUAUACUACGCUGAAAUGUCAGAAAUUAUCUAUUUGAAAGGUACUGUUGUGGCAAGAGACGUUGAUUUGGAGUAGCAGAAUGUUUUGACAUUCAGGUCCUUUUUUUUCAACUCCAUAUGUUAAUUACAUCUAAAGUUUCACAAAGGGACAAUGAAUAAUAUUCAUGAUCUAAGGGUCUUGCAGGGGAGCACCAGGGGGUACUCAAACAGGAACUUUGAGGUGAAGAAGAGGACAUUUGCUUCUCAUACUGGGGAAGGAAGAAUCCCCCGACCCCACAGGAAGACAAGACCUCAAAGAACAUGCGGUGGGGGCUUGGUCAAGUCAAGUUCUUGCAAAAAUAAAAAAUAAAAGUUUCAGGUCUGCUGAGACCCUCAGCUCCUUUAAAUCCAGAUUGAAGACUUUUCAGUUUUCUGUUGCCUUUAAUGGAACCACAUUCAAGGAUAUCAAUAAAUGUCUGCAUCUCA